AACUGCAAGCGGACUAUCCGUGAGGUUUCGUAGCAGAUUAACAAGCCGUACCUCUUCCUGGAUCCUCCUGGUCAGAUCGGGACAGCCAAACGAGGCGUCACAGCGGAUGGAAUAUGGACUGUAUUCCAGCUGCUCUUGAUGAUCUGGAGGGCAAAAAGGACCCACUAAUAGAAGACCCAGAAUACAAUGUCUACACCCGGUUUAUGAAGUCUCAUCGGUGUUAUGACUUGGUACCCACUAGCUCCAAAUUGGUGGUGUUUGAUACUUCACUUCAGGUGAAGAAGGCAUUUUUUGCGCUUGUUUCCAAUGGGGUAAGAGCAGCGCCUCUGUGGGACAGUAAGAAGCAGUGCUUUGUUGGUAUGCUAACUAUCACCGACUUCAUCAACAUCCUUCAUCGCUAUUACAAGUCCCCUCUGGUUCAGAUAUAUGAACUGGAAGAACACAAAAUUGAAACAUGGAGAGAGCUGUACCUCCAAGACUCUUUCAAACCCCUGGUUAGCAUAUCUCCCAAUGCAAGUUUGUAUGAUGCAGUGUCAUCUCUGCUGAAGAACAAGAUUCACAGACUGCCCGUUAUCGACCCCUUGACAGGAAACACACUAUACAUUCUCACGCACAAAAGGAUCCUCAAGUUUCUCAAGCUUUUUAUAUCAGAGAUGCCAAAACCCAGCUUCUUAGGUCAAACCUUAGAGGAACUGAACAUCGGGACAUUCAAGAACAUAGCUGUGGUGCGUUCGGAUACGCCUCUGUACACGGCUCUGGGUAUUUUUGUGGAACAGAGAGUGUCGGCCCUCCCUGUUGUGGACGACAACGGUCGAGUGGUGGACAUUUACUCCAAAUUUGAUGUCAUAAACCUGGCAGCAGAGAAGACCUAUAACAACCUGGAUGUGACCGUGACCAAAGCCUUGCAGCACCGCUCUCAGUACUUUGAGGGUGUGCUGACUUGCUACAGACACGAGACACUAGAGGCCAUUAUCAACAGACUGGUGGAAGCUGAGGUGCACAGACUGGUGGUGGUGGAUGAGCAGGAGGUGGUGAAAGGUAUUGUCUCCCUCUCAGACAUCCUCCAAGCACUAGUGCUCACCAACGGAGAUGAAGGAACUGCUUGAAGGAGUGACAAAGGGAAGCCUUUUCCACAACAAGAAAGGGUUAUACAUUUUAGAAGAAAGGAGGCCAGAGGCAAGGGAGAAACAUGACAGGCAUAUGCAAGGGGAACUCUGACAGUGUAAUAUAUCCCCAUAUAUCUCCCUGUAACCAGGUUUCCUAUACUUCACACAAGACUUCUCCCUCUCUGCAAAAAUAGUAAGUCCAUUACAUUUUAUCAGUUCAGCAAUAUUGAUGUGGGAAAUACAGGAGCUCCUGUAAAUCAAGCCAAAAUCCAAACCACCAAAAAGUUCUGAGAAAGAAUGGAGACGGAAGAAACCUCUGCUCAGGAUGGCCCAGCAUCACUCUCAACUUUGUGGCUGCUGCUGUGCUGGACUGAUCUACAUGGAGGAUGACCAGUCAUCAAGACUCUGACAAAUUCAUUCCUGCAGAUAUCGAUAUAUCGCCAGAUGCAUUUUGUUGGCAGUAGAUAAGCAAAAGAAAACCGAUAGACCAGCAUUGCCUUUCUUAGGUAGCAUUAUUUUAUUGUACACAGCUGAAAUCUAGGCGCACAUCAAGCUAAUCCAAGGAUUAUGUUAAACACGGUGUAACUGUCUCAGAUCAACACACUUUGUUUGUGUAGUGCUGUUCUGGCAUGUUCGACAUUUUCGCGGUGAUGAUGAUCUGUAGCGCAGUCACACUGUAAGGUAGCUAACCUGGAAAAGCACUUGAAGCUCCCUAGACCACCAUGUGCUCUUGGUGAAGGCUAGAAUACCAUGGAUGGAUCUGCUGUUAGAGAAGACCACAAUUGUGCUGUAAUCCUUUUUAAUGCACAACCACUGGAUAUUUAUGGGUUGUAUGUUUUUUCAUUUCUGAUGUCUGUUUUAUCAUUUAUAAAUUAAUCUGUUAUUUUAUCCCAUAUAUGUACUUAAAAGCUUAAAUACAUGAUUCAAGUUUUUUUUUUUUUUUUUGACCUUUAUAGCAAAAACACAUCCUUUGUGGGUUCUGACAUUAUUGGCAUUAAAUGAGUUUUCUUAUUACUGCUGCUUUGCUGUAAAAUGUCAGCUGUAAUUUUUCUGGGUAAGUGGACCUAUAAGGUGUCACUUGAAAAUUAACAACGGUCAAAUUAACAAAGUUUGUGGUAUAAUUAAUUUGCCUCAAAUUAAUUUUCCGAGUUUUUUGUAUGUAUGUCUGUUUUUGGUGUGAUUCCGUUACAUUCAGUGAUGACGUGUCAGAUCAUCAUGUUAAGGGGUUUUUCUCUGCAGUUCCUCUAUUCAUCGUGUUGGGGGGCCGUUAUCACAAUCACUAAAUACCAGCACUUCCUUUCCUUUCCAUUUUCUAAAAGGGUAUGCCAUCCUUGAAUGGAUAGUUCCUAGGAUGCAUCGCAUUUCCUGUUUUGGCAUUUGAAACAAUAUGUAAUUAGUAUGGAGAUGUAAAAUGUGUACAACUGUAUGUAAAGUGCACAGUUUUUCUACUAAUCUGCAUUGAUGUAAUUUAAGGAAUGAGCAAUAAAGUUUGUUUCACUUUCAUGUUUUUAAAAUGUCAUUAAAAGUUAAGCACAUGCA